AUGCAGGCAGCGUGGCUCUUUGGGGCCCUGGUGGUCCCCCAGCUCUUAGGCUUUGGCCACGGGGCUAGGGGAGCUGAGAGGGAGUGGGAGGGAGUCUGGGGAGGAGCCCAGGAGGAGGAGCGAGAGAGGGAGGCACUGAUGCUGAAGCAUUUGCAGGAGGCCCCAGGGCUGCCAGCUGGGAGGGGGGAUGGAAAUCCUGCCAGAAGUCCCGAAGGCAAUGGGGCCUGGGGGACCGAAGAGGGUCAGGAGGAGGAAGAGGAGGAGGAAGUGGAGGAGGAAGCAACGCCAACCCCUUCCUCCAGCCCCAGCCCCUCUCCCACUCCCGAGGACACUGUCACUUAUAUCCUGGGCCGCCUGGCCGGCCUGGACGCAGGCCUGCACCAGCUGCAUGUCCGACUGCACGCGUUGGAUACCCGCAUGGUCGAGCUGACCCGGGGGCUGCGGCAGCUACGGGAGACAGCGUACGACACUCGCGACGCCGUGCAAACCCUGCAGGAAGCGCAGGCCCGCGCUGAGCGCGAGCACGGCCGCUUGGAGGGCUGCCUGAAGGGGCUGCGCCUCGGCCACAAGUGCUUUCUGCUCUCGCGCGACUUCGAGGCGCAGGCGGCGGCGCAGGCGCGGUGCGCGGUGCGGGGCGGGAGCCUGGCGCAGCCGGCAGACCGCCAGCAGAUGGAAGCGCUCACCCGCUACCUGCGCGCGGCGCUCGCUCCCUACAACUGGCCCGUGUGGCUGGGCGUGCACGACCGGCGCGCCGAGGGCCUCUACCUCUUCGAGAACGGCCAGCGCGUGUCCUUCUUCGCCUGGCACCGCGCACCCCGCCCCGAGCCCGGCGUCACAUCCAGCGCCGCGCCGCACCCGCUCAGCCCCGACCAGCCCAACGGCGGCGCGCUCGAGAACUGUGUGGCACAGGCCUCGGACGACGGCUCCUGGUGGGACCACGACUGCGAGCGGCGCCUCUACUACGUGUGCGAGUUCCCUUUCUAGCGGGGCCGGUCCCCGCCUCUCGCUCCGUCCGGUCACUCGGCCUUUGCUUUCGCCGCGUACCCUUCCGAGAAGGCCCUUCCCUCCCUGCUGGUGGAUGGAAGUGUGUCCCCACCCCCAACCCCGCCGAGCGCUCCCGGGAGGGCUGUUGCA